CCGGAGCUAGGACAAAAACAAUCGGCAUCCCUCAUACAGUACACCAUACAAAGGAGGACCCUAAAGCCGAGUGUUUAUAUCAUAUACCUUUUUUUUUUUUUUUUUUAAAUAGACACGAGACACCAGCGAGGGAGAAAUGGUUUCUCCGGUAACAGUGGUCAAGAGUGAGGGCCCCAAGCUGGUGCCAUUCUUCAAGGCAACCUGUGUAUACUUUGUCCUGUGGCUGCCCACCUCAAGCCCAUCCUGGUUCAGUGCACUGAUCAAAUGUCUGCCAAUCUUCUGCCUGUGGGUUUUUUUACUGGCACACGGCUUCAGCUUCCUGGGCGCUCACUCCAGUGCCCGCAAGAUCUUGGCUGGCCUCAUAUUUUCUGCUCUGGGUGAUGCCUUUCUCAUCUGGCAGGAGCAGGGCUACUUCGUCCACGGCCUUCUGAUGUUUGCCAUCACUCACAUCCUCUACUCGUCUGCUUUUGGAAUGAAGCCCCUUAACGUGUCUGCUGGCCUGAUUAUCACUGCUGUGUCCUCUCUGAGCUACAUGCUGCUGUACCCCUACCUCUCUGGCCCCUUCACCUACCUGGUGGCUGUCUACAUAGGCCUGAUCGGCUUCAUGGGAUGGAGGGCCGUCGCAGGCCUGCAGCUGGCCAACGACCUGUGGACCUGGACCAAGAUGUCCGCCUGCCUGGGCGCCGUGCUCUUCAUGGUCUCCGACCUCACCAUCGCGGUCAACAAGUUCUGCUUCCCCGUGCCCCAUUCGCGUGCCAUCAUCAUGGCGACCUACUACGCGGCUCAGAUGCUGAUAGCCCUGUCAGCCGUCGAGUGCCAGGAUGUGGAGGUGGCCAGGAAGAGAACAUGAGAUACCAUGAUGUCCACAGCGAAGGUGGCAGCCACCCCCCCUCCGGCCACAGUGAUCAUGGACACAUCUCACUGCCAGAUACCCAAACCCUCAACCCUCAUCUCAGUGUGGCGCUCCCACACUGUUGUUACCAUGACAGCUGGUCCACUACAGUUUCCACAAGGCUAUCACCCUACUACCCCACUAGUAUGGUCUAACACCAGUCUUCUUACCACGAAGAUAUGGUAGUAUUAUCUUCAGCCUCUCCCGACAACAGCCCUACCUGCCUCCUCUGAUCCUAGACUGGCUGUGUCUCAACCUAGUUACCAUGGAGACAAGUGUAGUAAUAUUAACCUGCUAUAUAUAGAAAGUAUUACUUUACUUUUAACUGUUAUGUUUUAAUUUAAGGGGAGCAUCUCACUGGGGACCUUCAAGGAGUGUGUGUGUGUGGGAGAGCAAUUGUGUGUGUGUGUGUGUGUGUGUGUGUGUGUGUGCGCGCGCGUUUAUGUGUGUUUGAUUAACACUCUUACCUCGCUUUCCACACAGUCACCACACUGACUCCCACCACACACACAUCUAUUCUGUAUGCGGUCCAAUAACACAAUGCAACAUUUUAUUUUGGUCCUUGUUAAAAAGGGAGUGUUUUUUUUUUUUUUUUACUGACUUGCCCAUGUUUGGCUUUUCACUCUCCGUGGCUCUGUGUUCCCCUGAAUUAAGGGUGCUAUUCUUAAAGUCAGGAGCCUAUCCACACCUGUUUUAUUAUCUGCAGUCCCUUCCAUUUCAUUUACAACGACCACACUGCCUUUGUUCACGCCGUUAUUUAACAUCCACUGCAAAUCCACACCCAGUCUCUCUGGAUGAAUGAAUUAGGUUGUCCUUGAAUAACUAAAUGUACAGAGAAAGAAGAGCAGAGAUGGAAAACAAAAAAUUAAUAAUAAGGCAAUGAGGUGGAAAGGCAAGGAGGGAGAGUUGCGUGACUGCAACAACCACUGUGUAUUGUAGUUUUAGUGACUGAACACUGAGUCAGACUCUUAGGAAAAGGGUGGUUGUUUGUGGAAGCUCGAACCCUCCUGCUGAGAUUUUAUUGACACCGUCCUGUUGUCACAAAGAGAACACAGUAAACACAGUCACAGCAGACCACUGCACACAUUGUAACAUGCUGUACAGUGCACCUGCUCCUCCUUUUUGGCGUGAAGGCUUUCAGUGUUUUGCCUGCCAGUUUUUCCAGAAAUGUAGGUUGCAGAAGUUGACAUGCUCACACACCUGACACCUUCAACCCCUGCUGGUUUAGUUAUUAGGAAAAGUCCACGGGGUUCUUAUUGCUGGACUAGAUCAGCCGACCCAUGCUGUCACUGGCGUGGGACCAUGUUCUAAAGAAUGCAAAGAAAGGACUAUGUUACUGUCUUCUUUGUUUUUUUUUGUUUAUCAGCUCUGUGUGUAUGUGUAUGUGUAUGUUUGCGUGCAUGUCUGGGCCUCAUAAGAUAUUCAACUCACUCAUGAUGACACACACAGAAACAGGCACAUUAGCAUACACAUUGCCACAGGGCAUCCUGACUGAAGAAAAAAAGGGAGAUGAGGGAACUGGCUUGUCAUGUGAGGGAACAGUAAUCCCAUUAUUCCCAAUAAUUCCUUCUCACAGCACACUUCAUCAGCUUUAAUCCUGCAAAAUCCACCGCAGCUAAUCCCAGAAAGGUUGGCUGAUAUUUUGUCUUUCAUCUAUCACACAUUUCCCCCUCUCACCUUUCAUUUGUUUCACCCUCUGCAAACAGUUUAUGUUCGGAUGAAGUGUCUUACUGAAUAUCAAAGAAGUAUACUGUAACACUUUGUACAGGCGUCUAUAUAUAUAUAUAUAUAUAUAUAUAUAUAUAUAUAUAAUGUUUUGAGUGUGUGUGUGUACUUGUGAGAGAGUGUGUGUAUUGUCUUAGCCAUUGAGUGAACGCCUGUGACAAGUCAGAACCAACUCAAGGCCAGAAAUGCUGUGAACCAUCAUAGUGGAGUAGACACACUGCUGGGUAUCUUUAAUGUAUUCUCACAAGGCUCUUAAACUGUCUUCAUACCCUUCACCUCUUGAGAUUUGUAACCUCUUUAUGUGUUUUAUAGCAGCCCCCGAAUGUGCUGCCUGUUAAAGAUGACUUUAAGGUAGUAUUUGAUUAGGUACAGUAUAUUUAAAGUGGGUUAUAUAUAUUCUUUAGGUUCGUUUGACCCUUAAUAGGAAGCAUUUCCAUUGGUGGACAUGCCGUCUCUUGACUAUACCCUUACCUAUUACCUAGCAUAUGUCACUGGCUCUAUGAUUAAACCACUAAACUCAGUUUUAUUAUAAAUGUACACUCGCAAUUGAAAGUAUUAAUUACUAACAAAAAAAAUAGCAAGGGACAGGUAUUGUUAUGUAAUGGUCCAGUCCACAUGCACCUUAACAUGAUAUAUUGUGCUGUAUAUAAAACAAACGUGCAUGGAAAAAGAAACAGACCCAUGUUAUGGGUUUCUUCUUCUGGGUCAAUGAACCCUGGAGCUGUCGGUUACACCAACGUACGCACACAAAAAAAACACACACACACACACACAUCAAAAUAUGCUUAUGCAUCACAUCAGCCACCAUGACAGGUCUGCAGGCAGACCGUGGUGUUGACACUCAACACGGUUUCUUAAACAGCAGCACACAGUCUUACGUUUGACCAGGAAAGACACUCAGCCCAAGUGUCCCGACUGCUGCUUUGCCAGAUAGUUCCUCAAUCUCCUUUUGGCCCGUCAGCAUGCUUUUUUCAGCACCAUAUUUUUGCUUUGUCAGUCAGAAGUGUCUUGUCAGUCCAUCUGUGUGACCACUCGCCUUCUGUUCCGUGUUUUAAUUUGUCCUUCCGGCGUUGCCACAGAGUCCCCCUCUUCUCAUCUCAUCCACCUCGCUGGCAGAACAUGUUCUAUCAACAAUUAAUAUAAGCCUUUGUGCUGAAAGACAUCCACAGAGGCUCGCUAGCAGACAUGCAUUUGUCUGCUUAUGCUGUCUUAAGUCAGGGUUUUGUGAAGUACAAGGAGAAAUGCUGGUUAACAUGAUUGACUCUAGUAUGCAGUCUGAAGUAAAACCACGAGGGAAUGACGGAAUUGAGUCAAGCCGUCUUAGUCAUCCUUACUAUGUAGGCAAUUUAUGUAAUCACCACUUUCUUUGUCUUCUGCCACAUAAAGCCUCCUGACUCUUGUUCCUACAGUCCUAAUGGCUACAUGCCAGACGACAGGCUUUACUUUGAAGUAUUUCUGAGAUUAUUUUUGUUGGCCAACCCACACUUUGGAAAACCUCCAUGACUUUGAUAGUCUGUAAAUAAAGAAAUAAACUCAAAUGCUAUAUUGAAUCAGUAAAAUUCCAGUUAUUGUGCCUAACUGGAGGAUUUAGUUUUAAAUAUUCAUUGUUUCUCCUCCAUCCUUUCUAUUUUUAUUUGACUUGGGCACAGAUAACCAAAGCUGAAUGCAUAAUAGAAAACCAAACUCAAUUCACUGAGUGGAACUUCUAAGCAUUGGAGCCCACUCAUGUAUCAAACAACCUUUUGUGUUGCAGGAGACACAGGUCCCCCUCGUUGGUGCUGGAGUACAUUCGGCCUUCCGUUUAGGAAGGAGGUUAAUGUUGAGUGAUACUGUAGCUGGAGUUAGGUGAGGUGAAAUAUGACACACAGAGGAGGACUCCCUUUACAUCCGGCCACCAUCCUGCCCCCACCCCACAGAUGGCAGGCCAGCAAGCGCAUCACUUUACAUCAGCCUGUCAACAGCCCUGUUCUGAGCUUUGUGUGUGCAGACAAAAGGGACCUGAGAGAGCUGUGGGAGGCCAGUAUGGUUCGGCCUGCGCUGUAGGAAGUGAGGUGGAACCAGUAGCUUUUGUCGCAGAGAGAGUGCCCGUGGUUUCGCUUGGUCCUCUAAAUAAGUUGGCAUUUUUUUCGCUCUUGAAAGUUUUCUCUCUCUUUUUUUUUUUUUUUUUGCUGUUUUUUCUUGUAAUCUUUGAUUUGAAGCCUUUGCUGUUAAUGUGCUGUGCUCAUUAUUACACGGCGGGUGACAUUCAAAACAUAGAGUUGUAAGGUUUGUGUAUCCAUACUCAUGCAUGACAAGUAGGUUGUCAACACUCAUCUUGACAAAGUGAAAAGUGCACACUACAGGUGCUUUUAUGAGUAUGACUGACAGUUCUCCAACAUCAGUAUGAGCCAACGAGAAGUAUGUAAAAAAUAAUGCUCUUUGUAAUAUAUCUGAAUCUACUUUGUGCUGCACUUUUCUGUACCCAGAGUAAGGCCAGUCAAUCUCUCUUUCCAAUCAACAGCUAUAGUGUUUAAAAAAAAAAGGAUUGUUGUGUACGGUAUUCUUUAAAGUAUAUGCUCCCUUUUUCUUGGCUCUUUGAAUUUCUUUCAAGUAACUGUUGAUGGUUUAAGCACAAGAAAAUGACACAUUGAUGCAUGGGAGAAUCAGCAAUUUGUAUAAAAAGGCAUUAAUUGCUCUGGAAGUGUUACAAACGUAUGUAUGUUUAAAAAAAUUUUAAGUGUUAUCCUUUUAUUUGCAGAAAACAGCCCCAAAUGGUAUUUUUGCUUGUCACUGUGGAAAAAGCUGGGUUUGGUUUCCACAAAUAACUUUUUUUAUUGAAAGCCCAUUACAAUGCAUCAUUUGACUUCCUUUUAUGAACAAAUGUUUUUUUUUUUAUUCUAUGAUACACUUUACCUUGUUGUCCUUGAUUUUCAUUUAGUGAUUUAUUUCUUUUAUGACUGUAGAGACAAAAUAGUUUCUUUGCUGUAGUGAAACUGCUAUGAAUGUGAAUAUCUAUUGGAGAAAUAAAUGCAAUUACAAUGCAACUUCAACAUUA